AUGCAGACCAACAAGGCCAUGAGCAGCCUGGGCCUCAUCCACGUGUCAGACUUCCAGUUGGGCUUUUGGCUUGUUGUUGGAUGGCCAAACCCAAGCACCAGGACUCAGAAGAGCAAGAAGAGGGGAGAGGAGGGGAGGUUGCCGGCAGCACCGCUCUGUCCCCGCACAGAGGCGUACCUGGAGGAGUGCGGCCCGCAGCGCGCCCUGGAUCGGCUCCGAGCCGCGCUGGACGCAUCCGAAGCGGAGGCGGAGGCGCAGAUGCAGCGGUUCCUGGCGCACGAGGUCGCCCCUCGAUGUCCCUUCCGUGGACGUUCCUUCUGCCGGAGCCGCGCGCGCUCCCACGUCUCUCGGACGCAGCUGGAGAAGCUGCAGGAGCUGCUGCAGAUGGGCCAGGACCCUGCGGGGGAGACCCCGGGUCUCAACCCGGCGCCGGACCGCGGCGCAGCCUCCCCCAAAGCCCUGGAGCUGCGCUGCGGCUUCGUGCCCGCCGUCCUCGUCCCCGCGGCGGCCAUUGUACCCUUCGCCGUGCCGCCCAAGCACCGUCUCCCGGCCCUGGGACAGCCGCCGGUCGCCCCGCACGCGACCCCGCUCAGCCCCCGGCCCUUCCGCCACCGGGAGCCGGAGCCGCUGCAGCCGUAGAGGUGCGGGGCCAGGGAACGGCGGGCGCGGAACUCCGGGAGGUACUGCGUGCGGGGAAGAAGCGGCUGCAUCCGCUGCGGGAGGGGGGGAGAGGAUGCGUCGGUGGGCCCGGGAGGUUGGAGGUAGUGGGGAAGGAGGUCCGGCAGCACGGCCCGCUGUGCGCUCCCCAAAUAAAGGCUUUGUUCCACA